GCCUUCUCCCCGCAGAAAGUCUAACCUUGCUCAAAGUCGCGAGGAAUAUAAAAUGAAACUGUCAGCUCCUUGACUUUGCUAGUUUGUUUGUCUUUGUGAUCUCUCGCUGUACUCGUUUUACAAUUACAAACUCAAGCUCUUUCACAAAGGCACAAAGAUGGCUGUCUCAGAGAACAACGCAACCAAGACUAUUGCUUUGGCUGGGGCGAGCGGCAACUUAGGUCUUCGUAUCCUAGAAUCUCUGCUCGAUGCAGGGUUCGAUGUGACGGUAUUGAUUCGCCGCGAAAGCGCCCCGAUUGAUUACCCCGUCAAAGCCCGAGUGGUGGAAGUCGACUAUGAUUCGUCCGAGUCACUUCAAAAUGCUCUUGGAGGCAUCGACGCCGUGGUUUCUGCCGUGGGCAAGCAGAAUGGAUUGCAGAGCCAGUUCAAACUCAUCGAUGCUGCGAUCGCCGCUGGGGUAAAACGGUUCAUCCCGUCGGAGUUCGGUGCGGAUCUCCGGAACCCUAAGAUUCGUGCCUUUCCGACCUACCGAACCAAGGUAGAGGUCGAAGAUUACCUGGAGAAGAAAGUCCGGGACACCAAAUUGACUUACACCUACGUCUAUAACAGCGUUUUGUUUGACGAAGGCCUGUCACUCGGGGCAUUCGCAAAUUUCUCGACCCGGACAGUGAACAUCUUCGAUGGCGGGGACACAAUCUUUUCUGCAACGAGGAUCAAGACAGUCGCACUGGCUGUAGCUGCCAUCCUUAAGAACCUUGACCCAACUAAGAACAAGGCAGUUCGCAUCCGAGACCUCGCGAUGACCCCAAAUCAGCUGCUAGAAACCCUCAAAGCGUUGGAUCAAGACCACGCUUGGAAGGCCGUUGUAGUCAACACCGAAUUGCUCGUUAAGAACGCCGAACGUGAGCUAGCAUCGGGCAAGUUCAGCCCAAAGGCAUUCGCAGCAUUUGCAAUGAGAGCGACCUUUGCUCCAGAAUAUGCACAGGAUUAUAGUCGCGACAACGAGCUCUUGGGCAUAACUCACAUGACGAAGGAAGAUAUUCAAGGGGUCUUAGCUGCAAGACUGUGCUGAUUCUACUUCUUUGGACUCAGGAAAAGUUUAGAUAUCUUAGUUGGAAUUGAAGUCUUGAGACGCGAACUUUCCAUGGCCGCG